AUGUCUAUUGUUACCAUGGCAACCAAAGUUAUGUCUCCGUCAAGUUAUUCUUUUGAACCUCGAUUAGGAGCCGGAAGAGAGUUCAAUACAUGUAGUCAACAAGCCAAUGGUCCAUAUCAUCGUGCCACUACCACCAGCACUGUGACAACAGCAGCACAUUUGAAAUCGACUUCAUCAUCCACAUGUAGCAGUGCAUUUGAUGAAGAUGAACAGGCCAAAAGAAACAAGCUUAUCCAAGCUGCAACCAACCGAUUGCGACAAAAACGUUUAGAAAUCAAGCUCCAAGCCAUGAUGGCACAAGUCGUUGAGAUGCAAUGCCAGUUGGAUAUCAUUAAAUUGGAAACAUCGACUUCACUGCAACUACUGCCCUCAUCCAACAUCUCGGAAACACAAUUGUCCCAUUUCGAAAAGAGACUUGCACAACAUAGAGCAGAUUUACAGCAUGUAUUUCAGUGUAGCAGCAAAAGAGAAGAGUCUGUUGCAACGAUGAAACCCAAAGAAACAAAGGCAUCAAGCACAAUUUCCUCACUGCUGUCCAAUAUCUUAUGCUCCAAAAGUAACAACAAUGGUGUGAUGAUGAGAAAGGAGCAACAGCCAGAUUCAGACUAUUCUAUUCUUGGCGGUUCAAUACAUCAUCAUCAGAAAAGAAGAAAGAGAAGACACUCCCAGCAACAUGGAUCUAUGCAAAAUAAUGUAGUCGGCAUAUCGUCGCCUACAACAAUAACCACAAGUGCUUCAUCUUCUGCAUCAUCUAUGAAAUUAAAUGGCGAUGAUGAUGGUAUUGGCCCUGGAUCCACUGAAACAACAUCCUCAGUAUGCUGGCCUUCCUUUGAUAUGAUGAGUGAUAAUAACAGCAUGUUAGUGCAACCAUUACAUCAAGAAGUGAUAACAAAUGCCAGAAAUAGACAUGAAAUACUAGUGUUACACUCGAUCCCUCCAUUCUCUAUUCAAGCCGCAUCAGAAUCAUCAAAAUCAGCCGUAGAUCGUAAUGCACUGGACGAUGUAUUAAGCUAUUUAAAUGACAUUGAGUUGAACACACAUGAUGAUAGACUUGUAAGGGAUAUAUAUGAAAUUUUGGAACAGGAAUAUACCUUCAGUAAGCUACCAACAGCCACCCAACGUACCAGUAUUCCAUUUCCGGCUUUCCACCUGCUGCAAAAACUGCUGGACAAAAGCAUGAAAUGGAUCAAGUUUGUCAUUGUCAUGAUAAUAGCCAUCCUUAUCAAUUUAAAGAAAGGGCCCAAAUCAUUUUUAUAA